AUGAAGAGGCAAAAUGUGCGUACUUUAUCUUUAGUUGUAUGCACUUUUACUUACCUUUUAAUUGGGGCUGCAGUUUUUGAUGCACUCGAAUCGGAUACGGAAAGGAGGCGUUGGGACUUUUUAAAAGAUGUGCGAGACAAAAUGAUUCACAAGUACAAUAUCACAGAAGAAGAUUAUCGUAUGAUAGAAAUUGUAAUAAUAGAAAAUAAACCGCAUAAAGCAGGACCGCAAUGGAAAUUUGCUGGGGCCUUUUAUUUUGCCACAGUAGUCUUAGCCAUGAUAGGCUAUGGUCAUUCGACACCAGUAACGAUAGGCGGAAAAGCGUUCUGUAUGGCCUAUGCGAUGGUGGGAAUUCCUUUGGGCCUGGUGAUGUUCCAAAGUAUUGGUGAACGUCUUAACAAAGUGGCUUCUGUAGUCAUCAAAAGAGCCAAACGUUAUUUAAGAUGCUCCCGAACUGAGGCUACAGAAAUGAAUCUGAUGCUUGCAACUGGUAUGUUAUCAUCAGUUAUUAUUACAACUGGAGCAGCAGUUUUUUCAAGAUAUGAAGGUUGGAGCUAUUUUGAUAGCUUUUACUACUGCUUUGUAACGUUAACCACAAUUGGCUUUGGAGAUUAUGUUGCACUUCAGAAUGACCAAGCGUUAACAAAGAAACCUGGAUAUGUUGCUCUAAGUUUGGUCUUCAUUCUCUUCGGCUUGGCAGUGGUUGCUGCGAGCAUAAAUUUGCUGGUGUUGAGAUUCAUGACCAUGAAUGCUGAAGACGGUUUGCGGGAAGACAACGAGUUACAAGCUGCUUCUCGACACGUUUUAUCAUUGGAGAGUGGUGAAUAUGUAGGAGUUAAUGGCAAAUUGCUUGCAGGUCAUCCUAGAGCUGAUGCCGAUGCAGCCCAUGUAGAUCAGGACAGUGUCUGUUCUUGCACUUGUCUCGGUGGAUCAAGUAUUACUGGUCACAGACGUCAGGAUUCCUUCUUAAAUCCUGCACCACCUCCAGCAGAUUUAAUUCCUGCUCCAGGAGUUGAUGCCAGUGAUUUACUCCUUCUGGAGUCUGCUUGUAACAUUGGAGCAGGUUCUCAGGGCGCUGAUUUUCUUAUAGAGCCACCGGAAAUAUUUACAUACGGUUUCAGGAGGAAACGUAUGUCGAUAUGA